CAAUGCCCCCCUCUCCUCCAAACCUGCGGGGGAACCACGGCUCGCUGGAGACUUUCGUUUUCGUUUUGGACGCUACGAUAGUUCGUGAGCGGUAGUUCGGUGUUUUUUGUGUGAUUGAAGAAACUAAAGCAGACCUUCCGUCCUCUCACUCCUAAACCCUGUCGGAGGAACCUUGUCAAAGUGUUCUGCAGCCAUGAGCUCUAUGGAGAUGAACCCCGAGUCUAAGAAACAGGUGGACAACUUCUGCCAGUCACUCACCAAAGAGGCAGAAGCACUGCUCUCCAAACAAUUCCCGCAGUCCAUGGCCGAGAUGGACGUGCUGCUGAAGACCUGCCUCAGUAGACCGGACCUGGUGCGAGCCCCCCUGGACAUCCCGAUCCCCGACCCCGCCAAGGAGGAAGCCAAGCGCAAGAAGAAGGAGGAAAAGGAGGCCGCCGCCGGGAAGAAAGAGGAGGGCGACAAAGAGGACAAAGAGGACAAAGAGGAUGAAGGCCCGCCGUGCGGCCCGAUCUGCUGCAACGAGCACGUAGAGCGAGCUCUGAGGGAGGUGAAGCCCAAGAUCCACUCGCUCAAGGAGAAACUCAACACGGUCUCCAUGUGGAUGCAGCUGCAGAUUCCUCAAAUUGAAGAUGGCAACAACUUUGGAGUGGCGGUCCAGGAGAAGGUGUUUGAGAUGCUGACCCUCACACGCACCAAGAUAGAGGCCUUCCAGACCCAGAUCUCAAAGUACUACAGCGAGAGAGGGGACGCCGUGGCCAAGGCCUCCAAACAGCCCCACGUGGGAGACUACAGACAGCUGGUCCAUGAACUCGACCAGUACCAGUACAGCGAGCUGCGCCUCGUGGUCUUGGAGAUCCGCAACACCUACGCGGUGCUGUUUGACAUCAUUAACAAGAACUACGACAAGAUCAUGAAGCCCAAGGGGGCGUCCAAGGCCCUCAUCUACUGAGGCUCUCAUCUACUGAGGCCUUCCCUCUGCUGAAGACACAAACACCAGCUGGUUGUAUUCCUCUGGAUACAUUCAGUGUUCAGUGUCAUUUAGUAACAGUGAAACAGCACUCUCAUUCUAUCACUUACGUUUUCAGUUCAGCCUUCUCUGUGGCUAUAUCCUUUCUUUUGGAUCUUCAAAUUACUCAAUAAAACUGCCUUCAAGCGUU